AUGGACAGCAGCUUAACGAUCUAUUUGAGCAAAGUAAAAGUGCCGCGCCGGGGGGACGAGGGCGCACGCAGAAGAAAGGAAGAAAGUAAGCAAGCAAGCAAGAUGCUAAUGGCGAUUACUUUUGUCAUCAUCAUCAUCAGCAUCGACAGAAGGGAUUCUUGGAUUUGAAUCUCAUUCGACACAUCACAUACACCACUAUUGAGCAAUAGUCUGCAGUUGAUCAAAUUGACUGCACACAACACAUCAAAACAAAGCAAAAAUGGUGAUUGACGCAGAGAAAUUGGCAAAGCUACAAUCUGCCACUCGAAUUGGCGGUAAAGGAACACCAAGAAGAAAAGUUGUUCGUAAACCAAAAGGUCCGGGUGGCGCAGAUGCAGAUAAAAAAUUACAAUCUGCAUUGAAAAAACUUAAUGUUCAACCUUUGACAGGGAUUGAAGAAGUUAAUAUGUUCAAAGAUGACGGAAACGUUUUGCACUUCCAACAACCAAAGAUCCACGGACUCAAUUCUUCCAACGUUCACGCCAUCUACGGCCAUGGUGCUGAUAAGGAACUGACCGAUUUGGUUCCCGGAAUCAUUAACCAAUUGGGUCCUGAUUCUUUGGCAAGUUUGCGUAAAUUGGCAGAAAGUUAUCAAGCAAUGAAUGCUGCACAACAAGCUGCAACUGCUGCCGGUGGUGCAAAGGAAGAUGAUGAUGAAGUUCCAGAUGUUGUGGAAAACUUUGAUGAAGCAGAAGCAGGCAAGAAGGAUGAGCCUGAAGUGGAAAAACUGGAUUAAGGUAACGUUGCUUAGAAGGAGGAAACCGUGGUUUGGAUGGUGGUUCAGAUUGAUGUUUCUGUCUCGGAUAGUAUACUGGAUUGGACCAUUCGCCAUUCACUAAAUCAACUUCUCAUGCUCGUUUCUCAGCCACACGUAUAUAUAUACAUCUCACAUUCCCGCCCUUUUGGAAAAAGAUUCAAGUCUAUACUUUUGUCUAUUUCAAUCAACAAAACUGUACAAGUGUCUUGUCC